UAUGAGGACAAGAAAUACGAUGGCGCAUUUGCAGUCAAUGCAAUGUCCGACAACGAGGAUGACGAGGACGCACCUGUUGUGGAUGGCAAAGUGACGCGAUACGUCAGCCGGGCCCCUGGAUAUCGAAGCGCAGAAGUACAGGAACUCUACGACUUCAUCGACGCAUUGCCGGACCCAAACCCC